GGUCCCAACAAUUCGGUUCAUCGUUCUUGGUUUCCACGUUUGAUCCAAGGAAGACUGAAAGGAAAUUGUUCCUACACACGGGACGCAGAGCUCUAUUAUUCUACUUUUCUUCUCUGCCCUACCGCACUUGUAUCAGUCCGUCUCCUUUAGACGCCAAGCAUCAAAGUUAUGGAGCAGAGCCCCGAAGACCAUCAGUCACCGCCAGACGGACAAGCGGCCAACCGCGGGUCCGACGCACUUCCGAGACCGCGUCCGUUGGCUUGCACUCCAUGUCGGCGCCGCAAGAUUAGAUGCGACCAUAAGACGCCAAUUUGUUCAAACUGUGUCAGGUAUGGCUUGGAAUGUGCCUGGCCCGAAGGACGACGGUCAUCGGGACGUCGCCAGAGACCACUCUAUGAAGAUGUAGUUUCUAGACUGGCUCAGAUGGAGAGGCUGGUGGAGGAGCUCCAGAAGCCAGACCAGGGACCGACACCUCCACAGCAAUAUGUCCCGACCGCCAGUGAGGCGGCAAAGGCAAGCGCCUCAAAUGCCUCACCCCUGGCGACGACGUCGUCAAACAACCCAUCGCCCCUGUCCAGGCGUAAGGCUAGUAGUGCGAGUCCAUCUGCCGGAAACCCUGACAACUACCCAUCGCCGCCGUCAGCUACUUCGUCGGCCUCGACCGGGGCAAGGCCGUAUUACAUCGGUGCCCCUGACGAAAGUACGAUAAUCGCAGCAGGUGCUUGCUCCCUACUCUCGCCGCAAGGUUUGAGUCAAAUCGAGCUUCUCAUUGGGGAUUCGAGAUUCAGCAAUGCCUUGAAAGCUAUGCAACCAAAGGUCGUAUAUGACAAUGUACAGCCGUAUCUUGAACAUGCCGACACGAACCAUCCUCUACCUCCAAACCAUGUCAUUAUGGAAUGCGUCAACGAUUAUUUCGUGACUAUGAACACUGGCAUACGACUGUUCCAAGAGCACGAGGUACGAGCAGCUCUAAAAUCCUAUUUCCAGGGCAUGCCGCCGGCGGAUCCAGGUUGGCGCAUGGCGGUCAACGUCAUUAUUGCCCACACCUUACGCAAGAGGAAUGUUAUGCGGAAUAAGGAAGAGUAUCAAAAAUACAUCCACAAUGCGCUGGGAAUGCUACCUAAUAUCAUCUUGCGCACACCAUCGCCUCUGGCGAUUGGGGCAUUACUGUCAACAGUUCUUUACUUCAGCUUCACAUCUGAGAACCAUAUUGCGCUCACCCUCAUGGGUCUCACGGUCCAGCUCCUCUUGAUGGCAGGCUAUCAUCGGCCAGAGCCGGACGUGGCUUUUGCGCGCCCUCAACAGCUCAUCCCCACAGAACACCUCCACCGCCGCCGUCUCUUCUGGCACGCAUACGUGAUCGACCACGAUCUCAUGCUGCGGAUCGGAAAGCCUGCACUCAUUAGCGAUGACUUCCUCCUGGACCUCCCCGAAGAGCACCCAUCCGAUGGGUACAGCAUGUACUACUACCCCAACGACGUGACGCUCAACUUCUUCCUCGAGCAGGUCCGACUCGCCCAGAUCCAGGGGCGCAUUUCCACGACGUUGUACUCUCGCAGCGGCCUUCCUGCAGCCGAGCUUGAGGCCGAGAUCCGCCGUCUCGAUAACGAGCUGACAGAAUGGCGUCAAAGUAUCCCUCCGAUGAUCCGCGCCGACAACGUCGAUGCCCUGCUUGACGGCGACUACUCUAGGCUGGUGUGUCUGACGACGUUGCACUUCACCUACUUCCAACUCGUUGUCGCGAUCCAUUCUGCGGCCUUCAGGCUACCCACACUGGAGGAUCAAGAGGGAGUAGAAUCCGGUGAUAUAGGCCCCAGUCUGGCGCUUUGCGUGAGCGCAUCGCGUGCGGCCAUAUCCCUGCUGAACUACCAUCAGAUCGAACACCCAUACACGCCCUACCUCCUCUAUCAAAUCGCUUGGAGCGUUGAUAUUUUGUUCGUCAAUAUUCUCCAGAACAAAAACAACCCCCGAGCUCGCCGUGAUCUCGACCUAAUUCGCACUGUCAUCUCCUUCUUCGAAAAGUACGACCCGUACCACCAGAGUGUCAUCUCGUAUCAAAUCAUCAAGGUUAUCGCCGACGUUGCGGCUACGGUCCUUGCAAACACCCCUACCCUGCCUCCUCACAUGCUUCCGGUUCAGCACGGCCAGGCCGUUCAGCAAGUCCCACUCCCGGCCCCGAGUAUGCCGAUUAUGCCCGACUCUUCGGGUGCGAUGCAGGGAGCUUUCUCUCCUCAGAUGUCCGGACCGGGGACGGCCCGCAGCGGUAGCAUAAAUGGAAGCACCCCCGAUGUCCUCGGCUCCAUGACAAGUCUUUCCAUGGCGGACCAGCAGCAACAACAAACGUCACCAUUCAUGGACUUGUCAGCAGGAUUAGCAUCGCCCAACAACGGUCAGCUCUUCCCCGGAUUUAUGGAUAUGGCCGACUGGAGACUACCGAUGGAUUACCAGCCAGAGCUGUGGCAAUACGACAACCUCUUAGAUAAUCGGUUUCCCAACAACCAGAAUUAAGCCGUAGUCGGACCGGAUCUAAGUAUUCGCAGAGGAAUGAGUCUUGGCGUCAUCGGUUCCACUCCCAUGACGGCGGCGGCGGAUCACUUCCGGCCAUCCGGCGGUAACCGGCGAUAAGUCCGCAGGCCGUCG